UCAAAAUGUUCAGUUGUCGAUUGUCGAUGAGUUUAGCAGAAGGCUAGACGUGUGUAUGUGCAAAAACUUGUUAUUUACGUUGUUUUUGGGCGUUAAAGUGUGUUUUCUAAUCAAGGAUUGAGAUAGUAUUAAUUUGAACACACACACACAGAAAUUCUUGAAUCAAAAUGACUGAAUCAGCUACUGAACAGGUGGUAAUGACUCCAAAAGGAAAAACUGGAACCUCUACAACGAUCAUGAUCGAACGAAAACUAAUACAAAAGACUAAUGAAAAAAUGCACGUAGCCGGUGGACAACACACUGGAAUUAUAAUUAAUAAAGAGGCAGCUGUAGAAAACGGUGACGCACAUACAGCAGCUCAACUCUCCCUAGUAUUUAAAGUAUUCCUUAUAAACGCCCAAACAAAAAAGCACACACAGGAAUCCCGAACCCUGAGAUUCUGGUUCCGAGCCCCCAAAAACUGCCAAGACAAUUUGUGCGAGGAAAAUCAAGCAGGCGUAGCACAAGAUUUCUUCAGAGAACUAGUCAGCCCAAAAGAAUUUCCACGAGAUUAUGUGGGUUUUAUAAAGAAAAUAAUGAAACUAAUGCAACACAAUUACACAGAAAUAAGCAAGUUGGAGGUGGAGCUUAAAAUACUUGAAGAACCAGUAGAUGUACCCACAAGACCACCUAAACCAGGGUACCACCGUAUAGAUUUAAACAACCAGUUACCCUGUUUAUACAGAUCAGUGUCUGCAGAAGAAAGCAUCUUGGGCAACAUAAAGAUAUUGACAAGAGAAAAAGUCCUGGAGAUAAUCGAAUCAGCUUAUCCCAAUCCUGUCACAAUUCAAGAUAUUGCCAAAGAAAAUAGUUGGGAUGAAGAAGAAGUCGCCCACCAUUUCUCCGAUCUCCAAUCCAGACAGUUGGUCAAAGCUAUGGACCACGGUGCUUUUACACGUCAACAAAGCCAAGACACUCAAGUUACCAUAGUCAAGCAAAUGCCCACUAUAACUAGUUCGAAGCAGCCCACCAUUGCUAUAAUAACGGCACAGUAUUGCGAAAAAUUGGCUGUAGACGCUAUGAUUGAGAAUAAAGAGACUUUUGUUAGAUACACAACUGUUGGUCCAUCGAGUCCCACAGGUGAUUAUAGCAAAUCAAGAUUUGGUGAAUCUAAUGUAUACACUCUUGGAAAUAUAGGAGCUCACAGAAUUGUAUGUACAAAAUUACCCACUGUAGGCCACACAAGAGAAGCUAUGACAGCUGCUGGAAACACAACAACUAGAUUAUUAGGUACAUUCCAGAAGGUAGACUAUGUCUUUCUAGUUGGAGUAGGAGGCGGCGUACCUCACUACACCGAUUACAACAAACACGUUCGGCUUGGAGAUGUCGUAGUAUCAUGUCCAACAAGAAAUAAAAGUAUUUAUUUGUAUUGCGAAAACGCAGAAGUAUCAGAUAAAGGUUAUCAAUUCGAAAUAAAAAACUACAGUCCAAACAACUUUUGUCUACAAGAAAUCUCGACGCAAUUAAAAGUUUCUGCCGACCAAGAUUCGUCCCCAACACCCCCAUGGUUGACCUACCUAAACAAGGGGCUCAAUAUACUGUCAUCGCAAAAAGAGCCUGAUUUUAACCCACCUAAUGCCGAAACUGAUAAGUUAUAUAUGAGCAUCGGAGAGAGGGACCUCAUUGAAGUGGCGCAUCCUGUACCGCAAGAUGGCAGCGUCAAAAGACUAGAGGGCUGUCCACGGAUCCACUUAGCCCCAGUAGCUUCAGGCCGUCAAGUAGUCAAAGAUGACAGGUUGAGACAACAAUUUGCAGCUCAAGUUGGUGCAUUGGCUUUUGAUUGCGAAUUUGAUGCUGUGAUCGAAUCGAUUCUAGGAAACUGUAAAGAUAGUUUUGUGUGUAUAAGAGGUAUUUCUGAUUACAAAGACGGUACAAGACGGAAAGAAUGGCAACCCUAUGCAGCUCUGGCAGCCUCAAGCGUUAUGAAAAGCAUCAUUUGCGGCAUGGAAGCACCUACUAAUGUCUAGUCACUUCAUUUUAGCUAGGAAAAUUAUGUCGCUGUGAUGUGCAGACACAAAUUAGGAAUUAGGUAGAAGUGAUUUUUUUUUUGGCUAGACUCUCUAGCUGCACAUCACUAACGAAUUUAGUUGGUCUAAUUCAGUAAUGUAACUGCCAAAUAGCCUAAUAAUACAAUUUGAACUUAAUUAAACAGUUGUGCAAAAUAAACUAUGAGAGAGAAAAUUAAUUGACAUAAAAAAAAUCUUGACCAAUUUUCAAAAGGCCUAUAAAAAGCCUAAAUCAAUAAUAUAACCUAGACUAUACUAUAGUGUUUACUGCAUUUAAAAGAGUUUAUGAAAGUUACCAUUAGUUGAAAUUAGUGAAUAGGAAUAUUUCAAAGUUGACUUUGGAAUAAAUAUUAGUCCAAAACAUUUAAACAUUUUUUUUCCUUAAAGACUGUCAUAAUAUUUAGAUAAUAGUGCUUUAAACUGUGUAUUUUAAAUACCUACAAGUUUUCUUGAGUUACUUCCUUGUGUACGACAUAUUUUUUUUGCAUCAGUUAUUUUUUUGUACUUGCCAUAAUAAUUAUCUUGUUUGAAUUUUAUUCUUAUUUAUUUUUGUUUAUGUAUAAAUUUGUGAGAGUUAAUAUAUAUUAUCUUUUUUAUUUUUUUGGUAUUUUUAAUAAAUAUUGUUUCUUCUUUGAGCAACAUA